UUGUAGCCAUAAUACUUUUUUGUUGUUUUUCAGCUGAAGUGAAAUAAAAUGGCGGUUAGCAUAGCCGUUGUUGGAAGAGACAAUGAACCUCUUUAUAUUCACACCUUACAGAAAGAACCAGACUUAAAAUUUCAUUACAUAGUACACACAUGUUUAGAUGUAAUCGAAGAAAAAACGACAUCCUUAACAAAAGCUUCCCAAGACCCUCGAGAGUUGUAUCUUGGUUUAUUAUAUCCAACGGAAGAUUAUAAAGUGUAUGGAUAUGUAACGAACACGAAAAUUAAGUUUGUACUCAUUGUAGAAUCAGCAAAUACAACAUUAAGAGACAAUGACAUCAGAAUGAUGUUUCGUAAAAUACACAGCUCCUAUGUAUCAAUGAUGGCAAAUCCAUUUUAUAAUCCAGGUGAUCCGAUAAUAUCAAAACAAUUUCAAGCAGCAGUUGAUAGUUUAAUGAAAUAGUUUCGAUGUUAAAUGUUUUUGUUUCUUUCUAUGUAUACAGUCCCUCACAUUAAAAAUAUUCACAAUCUUGGUAAUGAUAUUUGCGGGCUAAUGUAAUUAAAAAAAAUUCAAUUUUGAUUAAGAAAAACAGUAAUCUAGUGGCAUGUUUACAUUGUGACAUUAAAUAUAAUAAUAUACAAGUAUUGUAGCAUAAGUUUUAUCACAAUCUACAGGCAUGGUCCAAAUGAAGGAUACCGUAAUGCUUUGAAUAAAUGCCCAGAGUGUGUGAAAAAGAGGGGACGUUUAAUAAACUUUUUUUUUUCUCCUGCAAAUAAAUGACAUUAUUUUUUCACAGAAUACUACAUCAUCAUUAAUGUUGGUGCCUUUUUUUGAGGAUCUUAAUCAGGGAAGGUCAACAUUUGCAUUAUGUUUUGAAUAAGUGCCCUCCAAUGGAAUGGGGCAUUUUGAUUGGCACAGCAGCCUAAUUAAGCAAGCAAACACGUUGAUAUAUUCAACAAGCAAUACGUUAAAAAAAGUUUAGAAUAUGAGUUGCAGAAAGUUAAACAUCAUUGAGCCUUUUCUUAAGUUUUAUGCUUAAAGUGUGUAUUGUAAAAUUUCUCCAACUGGUAACGAAAAAGUAAGACUAGGUGCUUAUUUAACAGGCUAUUUUUGGCCACCUGCAAUAUGUUUAUUCAAUUAUAUUUUGUAUAUGUUUUUAUAGAAUGUCUAAUAAAAUAUAUAUUGUGACAAAAGUGUUUGGUUAAAUUGUUUAAUGUUUGUUUGACCAUUGAUAUUUUUUGUUGAAUUUUUACCUGUAUGUAAUUAUUUAAUUUACUGACUCUUUACACUUUGAGACCCAAUAAGUUAUGUGGGCAUGCUCCCUCAAUUAGAUGUAUCUACUCUUAUUAUAAAUUAAUUAUUAAGAUUAAGAUUAUAAAUUGUUCA